ACCCAACAACCUUAUACAUGUGAAAUAAAACGAUUUUGUUAAUGUUUUAGCACCAAAAAAAAUACUGAAAAUAACAGGAAAGAAGAUGAAAGGGAGUGAAAAACCCAGUUGCACAACCUUCAAUGGUUGCGAAUGAAGCCAUUUUUUAAUUACCCUGUUUCAUACAUAUAUAUAUCUUGCUUUUCAUUUUCUUUUCUUCUUUCACUGUUACUCAACCAACUUCUUUUUUUCCCCCUUUUUUUAUUGGCCCAGAUCUCAGCUACCCAUUUCUCAUCUUCAGUUCCUAAUGGCAGAUCUUAAGUUUUCUUUCGCUGAAACUUUUCUUUGUAGUGCUUUUGCUGCUUGUUUUGCUGAGGUAUUCAUGAUCCCUGGUUCUGUACCAUUCCUUUGGACACUGCCAAAGUCAGACUCCAGCUCCAAAAGAAAGCAGUUGGUGAUGAAGUUAAUUUACCAAAAUAUAGGGGCUUGUUGGGUACUAUGGCUACCAUUGCUAAGGAAGAAAGAUUAUCAGCACUUUGGAAAGGAAUAGUUGCUGGUUUACAUCGCCAAUGCAUUUAUGGAGGUCUAAGGAUCGGGUUAUAUGAACCUGUCAAAACGCUAUUAGUUGGUGCUGAUUAUGUUGGUGAUAUUCCGUUGUACCAAAAAAUUAUAGCAGCUCUAUUGACUGGUGCUCUAGCUAUUACAGUCGCUAAUCCAACUGAUCUUGUCAAAGUUCGGCUGCAAGCUGAAGGAAAAUUUCCAGCCGGGAUUGCCAGGCGUUAUUAUGGGACUUUGGAUGCAUACUACACCAUAGUUAGAGAAGAAGGACUAGCAGCACUGUGGACUGGGCUUGGUCCCAACAUUGCACGAAAUGCCAUUGUAAAUGCUGCUGAACUAGCCAGUUAUGAUCAAGUGAAACAGACAAUUUUGAAGAUUCCCGGAUUCUCAGACAAUGUCCUAACACAUCUUCUAGCAGGUCUUGGUGCAGGUUUCUUUGCAGUCUGUAUUGGUUCUCCAAUUGAUGUGGUAAAAUCAAGAAUGAUGGGAGACUCUGGCUACAAAAACACUCUUGAUUGUUUCAUUAGAACUUUGAGGAAUGAGGGAUUCCUUGCCUUUUAUAAGGGAUUUGUUCCUAAUUUUACUCGGCUGGGAUCUUGGAACGUGGUUAUGUUCUUGACUCUUGAGCAAGUGAAGAAAGCUUUCCGGGGGGAAUUAUAUUAUGAUUGAUUUUAGUUUGCAAUCAGGAAGACACACCUUUUACUUGCUUAUUGUGUCUUCGAUCUCAAGGAGAAUAUUUUUUGAUCAAAGAAAUAAGGUAGGAGCAUUGCCCAAAUCUCUUUUUCGUAUAACUUACCAUUUUUCUUAGACAAAAUAGUAUUACUGUAACAAUCAAUGUUAUCUGGACUUGGGAGAAAGUGUUUUCAAUUUUUUCCAAGUAUUUAUUUUUUCAUAUAUUUGGAGGAUCAUACUCUUAUAUCCAUGUUAGAAUACAUGUCAAACACAAAUAUUUUAAGAAAAAAAAUGAAGAGUUUGGAUAA